GUUUAUUCGAAGAUAAUAUCAAUGUUUGUUGAUAUUUGUAUUCAAUGUUCUUUACAGCUGUGAAUUUAACUCGCUGUAAGGGGCAACAGCAGAACUCAAUGAUGAAUGGGGCAAUCUUAGUGCUAGUGCUGGCUAUGUUUGGGUGUUGCAACGGGUAUGCAUUAGGUCCGCCUCUAUCAGUCUGUAGAAAUAUGACACCUAAACACCCGUUUGAACCACAGACCAUUUCCUCUCCCUUUACAUUCACAUUGAAUGCCACAACUUACCGGCCGGGUGACGUCAUCGAAGUAUUUCUUAACUCUUCUGGUGACUGGUUUAUGGAGGGAACAUUGAUACAAAUGCGUGUAAAUAGUUCAGGUUGUAGUCAAGAUGUUCCUGCAGUCGGAACAUUUUCUACUGUAGACAACGACGUAUUUCUGGAGACGUUUAGUUGCUUCAACAUGACUAAGAGCGCCCUCCGCCACUAUUCUCACUUGCAUAUCUACAACAGAACAUUUUACUGGACAGCUCCUAAAAGAUCAGUUGGUAAUGUGUAUAUAAGUGCGACAAUUGUAAGAAAUCUGAAAACGUUUUGGUUAAACGUGACGUCACAGAUUAUAGAGGCCGAAGAAGCGUGUGGGGCGAAACAAAUUGUUCUUACCUCUGCUGUACUUUUUGUAUCAUACUUUUCUACAAGAAUUCUAACUUAAAUAUAACAGUCUGAUAAUGAAAAAGUUGAUGAAGUUGAUGAAAUUAUAUAAAUAGUUGACACUUGGUUAGACAAAAGAGGGAAAAAAGAGUUAUAUUUACCGUAUAUAGAAUACUCGUAAAAUGUUAAAGGGACUCCACUGAGGUUUAAAAGCCUAAAAACAUAACAUUUGAAUUUCUUACAUAAAUGAGCUGGGGCACUUUAAACAGAAAUGUAUGCAAAAGUAGUAAUGAAAUAUACUUUGAAAUAAAUUGAAAAUCGUAUUUUCAUGUUUUUCGUAUUCCGAUUUGAGUGAAAAGUGUUAAAACGCUUUUUUAUUUUGGGUCUUUUUAUUACAAUUUGAAUAAUUAUUCUGGAAAAACGAAUUGCGCGAAAGAUCUUAAAUUUUGCACAAAUAUUAGUGGUCUAAACAUACAUCAAAUGGUACAUUUAUCUGGAAAAAAUAUUUUCAGCCCCAUCAUGCCAAAAAACCUCAGUAGAGUCCCUUUAUAGUUGUAAUGUCUGAAAAACUUCACCAUGUAUCUAAAGCUGACAGUCACCAUACCAUCACAAUAAGGUGCACAUUUGAGCUGCGUCACGACAAAACCAACAUAGUGAGUUUGCGACCAGCAUGGAUCCAGAC